AUGUCCAACCUAAACCACUUCACCCAUCUCACCCCCUCAAUCCUCAUCCACGAACCAGAAACCACAAUAUCCCUCCAAAACCCAAAUCCUGCAUCCACAUCCCCAGAUCUAAUACUCAUCUGCGCCUGGCUUAACGCCCCUCUUAAACACAUCUUCAAAUACACCAGCGCCCACAAAUCUCAGCAUCCCACUUCCCGCAUCCUCAUCAUCACCACUUCCACCAUCAACACUCUCACAUCCUCAUCCUCAUCCUCUAAUCUCGCCCGUCUCCUACCUGCGCUCGAUAUUCUAUACAAAUUACCCGGCGAUGCAAAAAUCCUCGUGCAUUCUUUUUCCAACGGAGGCGCGUUUACCAUUACAUCUCUCGCGCGCGAAUAUGCAAGUACAAAAGGGAUCCCCAUCCCCAUCACCGCCAUGACCCUAGAUUCCAGCCCCGGCAAAUUCCACUACCAUGCCACCAUCCUUGCAUUUUCCAUCGGGCUUCCUAAAAAUCCGCUGGUGCAAUUCAUGGGGAUCUUCAUCUUAAGGAUUCUGUUGGGUAUUUAUAAAGUGCAUUAUGCGCUGUGGGGAAAAUUAGAUGCGAUAGAAAAGGCAAGAAGAGAUUUAAAUGAUGAGAGGCUCUUUGCGAAGGAUGCAAGGAGAUGUUAUGUUUAUAGUGAGGGGGAUCGCAUGGUAAGGUGGAGGGAUGUGGAGGAGCAUGCGGGGGAGGCGGUGGAGAGGGGGUAUAGGGUGUUGAGGGAGAGGUUUGUGGAGGGGGGGCAUGUGGGGCUGAUGGUGGGGGAUGGGGGGAGGUAUUUGCAGGUUUUGAGGGGGGUGUGGGAGGGGGGUUGGUGA